AUGGCAGCUUUAAUUGUGUAUGUCAAUGACAUUAUUAUCACCGGUGAUUGGGACUCGGAGAUACAGAGAUUGAAGAGAUUCUUGUCUACUCAGUUUGAAGUGAAGGAUUUGGGGCCUUUACGUUAUUUCCCUGGAAUUGAAGUUGCCCGCUCAAAUCAGGGUAUCUUCAUCUCCCAGAGGAAAUAUAUUCUAAAUCUCUUGAAAGAUACAGGGAAGCUUGGAGCAAAACCAGCUGACACUCCUAUAGAUGUUAACCAUAGACUUGGCGAUUGCAGUGAUGAGCCCAUAGCAAACACAAAGCAGUAUCAAAAAUUGGUAGGCAGACUUCUCUACCUAUCUAUGACAAUACCUGACAUUGCGUAUGUAGGGGGAGUCCUUAGUCAGUUUAUUCAUGCUCCCAGGACCACACACUUGGAGGCAGCAUACAGAGUUCUUAGAUAUUUAAAAAAAAUUCCCUGGGACUGGACUCCUAUUUGUGGACAUAUGAAAGUUGAGGUUUACACUAAUGCAAAUUGGGUUGGUUAUGUGGAUGACAAAAAAUCCACUAGUGGCUAUUGUGCUUUUGUUUGGGGAAAUCUUGUUACUUGGAGGAGUAAAAAACAAAGUGUGGUGGCCAAAUCAAGUGCAGAAGUUGAAUACGGGGCCAUGUCUCAUGGUGUGGCAGAACUUCUAUGGAUAAAUAAUCUCUUGGGUGAAUUGGGCUUUCCUUUCAGUGACCCUAUGUCACUCUACUGUGACAAUAAGGCAGCCAUCAACAUUGCAGCGAAUCAUGUUCUCCAUGAUAGAACUAAACAUAUAGAGGUUGGCAAACACUUCAUUAGGGAAAAAUAG